AGGUGAGUGAUGCAAUUUCAGGCACACUCGGUAUCGCUGCAGAGCAAAUAACUGAACGGAAAACUUACUCAUCGGUUAGAGCAUCAAUGUGAAAAUUUUAAUGAACGAAGUGAUGACACGAGUGAUGGUCAAUUUUCAACUUGGUUUGUGUAUUUUCUCGCAAUUAUGCGUACUGGCGGCGUCUCAGAGGACCUUCCUAGACUCACCGUCCAAUCUCCUCAUAUGGCGUGCAAUUCGUAAUUACCUAUUUCAUAUUUUCGAAAAUGACGAACGAACUCCAACGAAUUUUCAAAAAAAAAUUCAAUUGGACGUUCCAUUUCCUUGCAACGUAACAGGCGGUAGAUCUCCUAAAAUUCCGAAUUCGGUCCAUCGUUUGAGGCCAGGUGACAUAGAUGUGAUUGCGGCAAUAGGGGAUUCUUUGACAGCUGGUUCUGGAAUUUUUGCGAAAAAUCUAUUGGAAAUAUUCGUGGAGAACAGAGGGGUGCAGGCGAACAUCGGUGGUAAAGGGACUUGGCGGACGUAUCUUACCCUCCCCAAUAUCCUCAAAGAAUACAACCCCAAGUUAAUAGGUUACGCGCUUGAAGAUUCUUUAACUUCUCAAUCAGCUUCGCAGUUGAGCGUUGCUGAGAUCGGCGCUAUGUCUAAAGAUUUGCCUUUCAUGGCUAAAUAUCUAAUCAAUAAAAUAAGGAAGGAUGGUAGAAUAGACGUAAAGAAGCAUUGGAAGUUGAUUUCGAUAUUUAUCGGGCAUAAUGAUUUUUGUUCCGAAAUAUGUGCAGUUCCCUCUCCAUGGUCCAUUGUGGAAAAUCAUAGAAUCCAAUUAGUCGAAACUCUUCGAAUAUUAAGAGACAAUUUGCCAAGGACGUUUAUUGCCAUUCAAUUGCCGCCUCAUUUAAAAGAACUCGUCGCUUCACGCAAGGGAAGGAACUCGUUGAAAUGCUACGUAACGACGAUGAUCGAAUGCUCGUGCCUGUUUGCUUUGCAAUUUCAAGAUCGGAGGCAGGAAUAUUAUAAAAUAAUAACAAGAUGGCAAGAAUUAGAGCAAGAAAUCGCCGAUUAUCCAGAAUUUCAUAGAAAUGAUUUCACGGUAGUCGCUUUACCAUUUCUCAAAAAUUCAAUGCUUCCAUUGACUGAGGAUGGAUAUUAUGAUUUAUCAUAUUUAUCCACUGAUUGCUUUCACUUAAACCAGAAAAGCAAUGCACGAACAUUCGAACAAAAAAAGAAAUUGUUGUUGUGUUUCAAGUUGCGAAUAAUUUAUGGAACAGUUUAUUAGAACCUGUUGGUAACAAAUCUACCUCUUGGACACCGAUAUUUGAAAGAUUCUUGUGUCCUACUCCUGAAAGACCAUUCCUGAUGACGCACGAAAAUUCGAAAUAAAAAUAAAGAAAUUUUUCUUUCUACAAUAUCCAUCAAUUUGCUGUUUAAUU